AUGUACAUCAGGGAGGCCAUCACCGUGCACAUGGUCGACCUGCCUCUCCCUGCGCAGCCCAAUGUUAUGAAUGCACUCGACAACGGCGCCACGGCGGCCGAUCUCAAGGGGAGCACGUUCUAUGUGACGCUGGAGCCGUGCCAUCACACCGGCCGCACGCCGCCGUGCGAUAGGAAACUGCUCGAGGUCGGCGCCGCGCGGGUGGUCAUCGCCUUCGUCGACCCCGACGACCGCGUCAACGGCCAGGGCAUCAAGCUUCUGCGCGAGUCGGGGGUCGAGGUGGUGGUCGGGGUGUGCGAGGCGGAGGCCAAGCAGUCGCUCCUGCCGUUCGUGCACCAGCGCUCGAGCGGCAAGCCCUACGUGGUCAUAAAGGCGGCGAUGAGCCUUGACGGCCGCAUCGCCUGCGAGGACGGCACCUCGCAGUGGAUCACCGGCGAAAACGCGCGACAGGACGGCCACCGGCUUCGCGCCGGGUCGCAAGCGAUCAUCGUGGGAUCGAACACGGCGCUGAAGGACAGGCCGCGGCUCAACGUGCGAGGCGUGGCCGGCGCCGAGACCGUGACGCCGCUGCGGGUCGCGCUCGACUCGACCGGCAAGAUCGUCGACGGCCCGCUGCUCGACGUCUCCCUGGGCUCGACGCUCAUCUUCACCUCCGAACGCGUCAAGGCCGACGUGGCCCAGCUGUGGCGCGACCGGGGCGUCGAGGUGGUCCGGGUGGGCGAAAAGGUGGUCGGCCAGGGCCUGGACCUCGACGCGGUGCUCACCGCGCUGGCCCAGAGGGGCAUUCUCCAGGUGUUGAUCGAGGGCGGCGGCAAGCUCCAGAGCCGAUUCCUCGCCGAGGACCGGGCCGACAAG